UUUUAUUUCCCAUGCAAACUUUAAGUUCUGUCUGGGAGUUGUUGUUUUCACACAGCGACAGCAGCGCAACACCAAAAAGGAAAAUUGAUUUCCUUCACAUCUCACAAAAAUUUUAUAUAUUUUUUCUUGCUUGCUUGUUAUUUUUUCGUCCUGUAGGUGGUCUGGUGUGUACAUAUUUGUACAUAUAUAUAUCGGGAAAAAAAAAAUACGAAAAAUCUUUCUUUUUUAAAUCAAUACAAUAUUUUGCAGUUUCUACUACCGCAAAGUAUAUAAAAGUCUUUUAACAAAAAAAAAAAAAGACACAAAAAUUAAGAACAAAAAGAAAUUUAUCCAAUCUUUCUCUAGCAAAAUGUAGUGUCCUUGUGUUUUAUUUUUUUAAUGUCGCGACAAAAUUUUAAGUUUUUUGUCCAUGAAAAAACUAAGAAAAUGCAAUUUUCAUUUUGUUCGUCUUAGAAAAAGAAUUUAACAAAAAGAAAUAAAAUUACCCUGGCCUCGGGUUACGUAAAAUAAAAAACGAAAUAUAAUUAAUUAAAACCACUAUCGUCGCAUAAAAAACGAUUCGAUUCGACAAAAAUUUCAAUAUUUUUAAAAAUAAUACAUUUUUCAUAUUUCUAUUCUAUAUUCUCUUGAUGGCGAUCCCCUUUUUCCAGGUGGAAAAUCGAUUAAGUUAAAAAGUUUUUUUUUUAUAUAUAUUUCUUUACUCGUAUUUAUUCAUUUACGCGUGUUUAUUAUCGGUUUUUGUUUUCUCACGAUUGGUUUUAUCUUUAAUUCACUUUUUUUUGUUGUUCCAUUUUAAUUGUGGAAACAAAUGAAAAGGAAAUCUAAAGUUUUUCUCCCCGUUGUCGUCGUCGGUCGUCGUUGGUUGUCAUCGUUGUCUCGGGGACUAGCUCGAGAAACGCUAGUGUGAUUCUUAAUUUUUGUGGAUUAAGAAUUUAUUCAUUUAUGUUCAAAGAGUGAACUUAAAAACACAACCACAAAAUGGACAACAACACAUCAUCCACAACAAUAACAACAACAAGUGCCAAUAAUGGCCUUGAUGUUAUCCAAGGAAUGAUUGACAUAUCUGCUGACCGUUUGGAAGGACUUCGAACUCAAUGUGCAACAAGUGCCACCCUAACACAACAAGAAAUUCGUAUCCUAGAAACCAAAUUGGUGCGAAUGUUUUCCGAACUACUAAUAACAAAAUCACGUCUACCCGAACGAAUACCAGCAAGUGGUUUAGCUGCAUCUGGAUCCGAACUAAAACAAUGGCUACGUGUAGUUGGCUUAAGCGGGGAAUCUUUAAAUGUUUGUGUACAAAGAAUCAACACCCUGGAAGAUCUACUUCAACGUUCCGAUGAUGAGCUACGUGCCAUACUUGUUUAUAAUCCGAAUUUUCGUGAAGAAGAAAUACGCCGACUGAUUAAUGCAAUGGAAUGUCUGCGACGUUGUCGUGCAGCAUUGAGUGAUAAUUUAAAAGAACCAGAAAAUUUGUAUUGGGAUUCAUGGGAUCGUCAUCAUCAUCAUCACCACCAUCAUCACCAUCGGGGAAGUACUGGAAAUAUUGGUGUGAUGGCAUCACCAAGAACCUAUAGAACAAUGAAUAAGCAAAAAGCUGUACAAUCACCUGUGAAUAAUAACUAUGAUUUGCAAUCACCGCCUUCGACAAUGAAUCGACAUACUCCUGAUGAAACAUCCAGUGCACAUGGGUCAGUUCUAACAUUGACACCCUCACCAUCACCACCAAAUUCGCCGAGUCAAAAUACAAGUGGAAGUGGAACUGGUGGAGGUACCGGAAGUGGUACACCAGGACGAAGUGGACAUAGAAAAUCAACUCCACCGCCAAAGAAGAAACAUCAAACAUUGCUGACUUAUCAUCACCCAUCAACACCAUCACACAAUGGAAUGCAAACAAAUUCAAUGACUGCAUCGACUAGCUCCUCAUCGAGUCAAGAUCCAUUAGCUAUACCAAUAGCCAAAUCGAAAUCAAAUGAAUCGCAAUUUCAAGAAGGCGCUGGUGGUGGUGUUAUUACACCUGGCAGUGGUACUAACGGCAAUAGUGGCACAGGAAGUUCCAAUUCAACCAAUUCUUCAUCUGUUCCCCAGGCUAUCCCGAGAACUCGACUUCAUACCGAUCCCAGUCCUGAAUCACAUUCGUCAUCAAUGAGUUCGGAUAUAUUCAUGGAAAACACUAAUAACCUGACUGUUCCGCGAUCACCAUGCACUCCAAUUGUAUCUCUUGGAAUGGGUCACAUGAUUGCCCAUCGCUUUACGAAAGUAUUCAAAAUGAUGUCAACCUGCGACCUUUGUCAGAAACAAAUGUUCUUUGGUUUGAAAUGUAAAGAAUGCAAGUAUCGUUGUCAUAAGGAUUGUGAACCAAAUGUACCACCAUCAUGUGGCUUACCUCGCGAGUUUGUUGAUGAAUUUAAGAAAACUUUAAAAUCAAAUGAAGGUUUUCUGCCACCAUCAAAUAUAUCUCCAAAUUUAAGUGGACGUAGUACGACUGUGAGUGGAUAUUUGCAAGGACGAAGGCAAAAAGUUCCAAUCAGUGCCAGUGGACAUCAUCAUCCUGAUAGCAGUUCACCUGGUUCAAGUUGCAACAGUUCCUCGCCUUCCAGUCCGGCUCUUUUCAAUCUACAACAACAACAUAUUAGUGGUACUAAUAGUGGCGGCGGAAGUUCGACUGCAAGUGGAAGUACUAGCACUGGACCGAAUCCUAUUUCUACACCUUCGUCGCUUCAUAAGAACACUAGCCAAUUCAAUUUUCCUGAUGUGACUAUCACUAAUCACCAGACUAAUCAGACUUUGUAUUUACCAUCAUCCGCUGUGGGAGGACAAACUAGCUCUGCAACAACAAACAAUAACUCGGAACACUUGGAUAAUAAAUCAUCACAUCAUAACUCUCAGUCAAGUAUUGCGAAUAGUAAUAAUGCUAGUUCAAUGAGUUCGAUUCUCAUCACAAGUGGACACUUCUCGGAAAGCAGAAUACAUAGCGAGACUUCAAGUGGACGUACUGCGUCUAGUAGUGGUUCAGUUCUAAGUCAAAUUAAUCCAGAACUGGCCGAUACACACAAGAGUAAUGAUAGCGAUAAGACUGUCUCCUUAUCAGGCAGUACAAGUGCUAGCACCGAUUCAGACAGAACUCCAGUGAGACUGGAUUCAACGGAAGAAGGUGAUUCGGGCAAUUGGCCACGUCAAAAUUCACUCUCACUUAAAGAAUGGGAUAUACCUUACGAUGACCUUCGUUUGUUGGAGAAAAUCGGCAAAGGUCGCUUUGGAACUGUACAUCGAGCUCUAUGGCAUGGAGAUGUUGCUGUGAAACUUCUCAAAGAGGACUAUCUCGAUGAUGAACACAUGUUGGAAGCAUUCAAAUUGGAAGUGGCAAAUUUCAAAAAGACUCGACAUGAAAAUUUAGUGCUAUUCAUGGGUGCAUGCAUGAAUCCACCAUAUCUGGCAAUUGUGACCUCGCUGUGCAAGGGAAACACUCUCUAUACCUACAUUCAUUUGAGACGUGAUAAAUUUACCAUAAAUCGUACCACACUAGUCGCUCAACAGAUAUCACAAGGCAUGGGCUAUCUGCAUGCUCGGGGUAUUUUCCACAAAGAUUUGCGAACAAAGAACAUAUUCCUGGAGAAUGGAAAAGUCAUAAUAACCGACUUUGGGCUGUUUAGCUCAACAAAGCUUGUGUACUGUGAUAUUGGACUUGGUGUGCCCAGCGGCUGGCUAUGCUAUUUAGCACCAGAACUGAUGCGUGCAUUGACGCCUUAUAAGCCAACCGAUGAGAUAUUACCAUUUUCCAAAGCAUCGGAUGUCUAUUCAUUUGGUACUGUUUGGUAUGAAUUGCUGUGCGGAGAGUUUCCAUUCAAAAUGCAACCACCUCAGUCGAUAAUUUGGCAAGUGGGAAGAGGAAUGAAACAGACACUGGCCAAUUUACAAACAUCGCGUGAUGUCAAAGACAUAUUAAUGCUGUGUUGGUCUUUUCAAGCAGACGACAGACCAGACUUCCCAAAAUUAUUAACACUUUUGGAGAGAUUACCCAAGAAGCGGUUGGCUAGAAGCCCUUCGCAUCCGGUACAAUUAUCUAGAUCAGCUGAAUCAGUAUUCUGAGUAAAGAAAAUAUUCAAAGUGGACAACAGCAGCAGCAUCAGUAUUCAUUGAUACUUUAUUAAGAAAAUUAAACAAGUAUGUAUUGUAGUUUUUUUUUUUUUUUUCUUAAACAAAAUUAAUCAUUUUGUAAAUGUACAACUAUGUAUGUUUAUAUUAUUGUAUGUAUAAAUAUAUUUAAAAAAAGUAAAGUCUAAGCUUUUAAAAAAAUACACAAUUUAAAAAUAUUAAAAUUCGAUUAUUGAAAAAAACUAAAAAUAUAUCUCAACAUUAUGUAAAGAUAAAAAAAAACUAAGAAAAAUUCACAAUCGAGUGAUGAUGCAAAACUUCCUUCUAGAAUAAUAAAAAUUAAAUAAAAAAAUAUCGCAUCGAGUUUACACAUAAACAAAAAUUGAAAGAGAAACAAAAAUAUUAUUGGCUGGCUAACUUUCAUUUUAUUUCGAUAACAAUAACUAUAAACAAAGAAAUGAUUACCGACUUGUCUGAAUUUUUAGAUUAUUAAUAAUGUUACUUUAUAUAAAAUAUUAAAUUAAACAAAUUAACUGUGAGAAAAAAAGGCGCAUGGUAUCGUAAAUAAAAACAAAAACAAAAAAACAGUAUGGAAAUAGUGUGUAGGUCACACUUUUACUUACUACUACAACUACUAUGACUAAUCCCUAUUAAGGGUAUAUUUAAAUUAUAUAUUAAAUAAAAAAUUCAAAAAAUACUA